AUGGCCGGUGGACAGACUAUAACAUUCAGGGAACAAAUAGACGGAUUUCCGUUUGUACAAGUUGCACUUGUGGCGAUUGUGAGACUUGCUGAGCCGAUUGCUUUCACAUCAUUAUUUCCCUAUGUUUUCUUUAUGGUCAAACGGUUUGGUAUCGCCGAAAAUGAAUACGACAUCUCGAAGUACUCCGGGUACUUGGCAACGGUCUUCGCUGGUUGUCAGGUUAUGUUUGCCAUCCAAUGGGGAAAAGCUGCUGAUCGUCUUGGUCGUAAAAGGGUUGUUAUGACUGGGAUGAUUGGUACGGGGAUAGCCAUGCUCAUCUUGGGGUUCUCGACAAACUAUUGGAUGGCUUUUGCUGCCAGAGCCCUAAUGGGGUGUGUUAAUGGAAAUGUUUCCAUCAUUAGAUCGAUCUUGGGUGAGGUUAGGGGGUUGUCUAAGAAAAAUGAGGCUUUAGCAUUCCUCGUUAUGCCAUUGAUGUUCCAACUUGGUAGUGUAAUUGGUCCAGCUUUGGGAGGUUCUCUCACAAAUCAUGAAAAACCGACAGGAUUCAAACUCUUAGAUGACUUGAAUGAAAAGUAUCCAUUUGCCUUAGUGAACAUUGUUGUCAGUGGCUUUUUAUUCUUCAGUGCCACUAUGGCCUUCUUCUUCAUCGAAGAAACCCACUAUCACUUCAAAUACGAAUACGAUGUGGGCUUGGCCACCGGUGAUAAGAUUCUAGGAUUUUUUGGGGUCAAGAAUGAAAGACUUUGGGCUAUCAAGAAAAGGGAACACGAUGCUGAAGUACAAAGUCCAGCCACUGAAGAAACUCCAUUGCUUUCCAAUGCAGAAGCAAUUGCGGAUGAAAAUUCUGAUUCUGAAGCAUCUUCUGUGGAAAAUAGUUACCCACCAUUAAGCAGAAGACAAUCAGAAGUGCUUAUCAGAACCAAUUCAAUCAAGUAUAAUCCAGACCAUUCAAAGUCAGUUCCUUGGGGGAAAAUUAUUACUCCAAAUCUCGUCAACAUUGGUCUUUUGUUCUUCAUUCAAAAUAUUCAAGAUAUUGUCUUCACAGAGUUCUUGCCAAUUUUCUUGUCAUAUGAUUUGAUGAAGGAUGGAGAUGGUAAUCUUCUCUCUAAAUUUCCUUUCCAUAUUUUGGGAGGUUUGGGAUUCGAUUCCGAACAAAGUGGUAGAUUGUUAUCAACUACUGGGUUUGUUGGUAUUUUCGUGAUUCUUGUGGUUUUCCCUUGGGUCGAUAGAAACUUUAAUACCAGAAAGAUUCUCACAAUUUUCUUGUCGUUGGUUCCUUUGUGCUUUUUCUUCUUGCCAUACGUGGUUUUCUUGGCUCCUAGUGCUAGUAAUGGAAUUACCAGUUACAAGUAUUGCUUUAUUGCCAUUUACUGCCUUGCCUUCAUCAGAACCAGUUGUUCCUCGAACAUCAAACCACAUUUGUCAUUGAUUACCCACAGAGGUGCUCCAAAAGAAUAUAAAGCGGUCGUCAAUAGUAUUAUCGUGACAAUCGCUUCUUCUAGUAGAGCCAUCGGUCCUUUGAUUUGGGGUCAUAUCUUCUCUUUUGCUCAAGAGCAUGAAAUAUUCUGGUUGUUCUGGUGGUCGUUGUUCUUCUUCAGUGGGGCUGGAUUCAUUCAAUCCUUCUUCAUUGAUACUUAUGACUUCGAUGACGAGCCAGAAACCACCCCAACAGAACGCGUCGAAACGGCUAUCUCUGGAACUCCAGCUAAUAGAUAA